AUGAUCAUUCGGAUAAUCACAUUCCUAGCUGUCACAUUAUGCUACACAGUAUCCUCCCACAAAAUUCUAGUAUUUUCCCCUACUGCAAGUAAAUCUCACAUGAUUUCUCAAGGAAGGAUAGCAGAAGAAUUAGCAAAUGCAGGUCAUGAUGUUGUAAAUUUCGAGCCAGAUUUCCUGGAUUUAACAGACAAAUUUGUGCCGUGUAAGAAGUGUCGAAGAUGGCCAGUCACUGGGUUGAAUAAUAAAUUGUACAAAGAUAUUCAGAAUGAAAUGUCUGGAAAUGUAUUCCAGAAGUCAUCUCUCUGGAGUAAAAUUUUUAAUUCAAACAGAGAUGAGCAUCAGGAUGAAUACAACAAUUUGUGCGAAGAAAUUGUCACCAACAAAGAACUCAUUGAGAAGCUGAAAGCUGAGAAAUUCGACGCUUACUUCGGUGAACAGAUCCAUCUAUGCGGUAUGGGGUUGGCCCAUAUUCUUGGUAUCAAACAUAGAUUUUGGGUUGCCAGUUGCACAAUGAGCGUGAGUAUGAGAGAUAGUUUGGGAAUUCCCACGCCUUCUAGCUUACUCCCAUUCAUGUCAACACUCGAUGGAACACCUGCUUCAUUCUGGCAGAGAGCCAACAACUUUGUGCUCCAAAUGGCACAUAUUCGAGAUGAAUAUCGAGAUGUGGAGUGGACGAAUCAGAUGUUCAGAAGACAUUUCGGACAGGACUUCCCAUCUGUUGAUUAUAUUGCAAAGACCUCUGAUGCUGUAUUUGUUUCUACUGAUGAAUUAUUGGAGAUUCAAUCUCCAACUCUUUCAAAUGUUUUCCAUAUAGGAGGGCUGGGAAUCUUCAAUAAAGAAGCAAAACUAGAUGAAGAGUUUUCGAAAGUGAUGAAUAAUGGAUCGGAUGUUGUUCUAUUCUCAUUGGGAACCAUCGCAAACACCACUAAUAUCCCACCAAGUAUUAUGGAAAACUUGAUGAGAAUUACUCAAAAGUUCAAAGAUUACAAGUUUAUUAUCAAAGUGGACAAGCAUGACACUAGAAGCUAUCAAUUAGCUAAAGGAUUGGAGAACGUGUUGGUGACCGACUGGGUUCCCCAAACAGCAAUUCUUGCUCAUCCAAGACUGAGAGCAUUCAUCACACAUGCAGGAUACAAUAGCUUAAUGGAAGCAGCUCACGCUGGUGUUCCAGUGAUUCUGAUUCCAUUUAUGUUUGACCAACCAAGAAAUGGAAGAGCUGUUGCAAGGAAGGGAUGGGGAAUUUUGAGAGACAAGUUCCAGUUGAUUGAUGAUCCGGACUCGAUUGAAGAGGCAGUACGGGAGAUUCUUCAUAAUCCAAAGUAUCAAGAAAAAGCUUUACGUCUCCGAAAACUUAUGAGAAGUAAGCCACAAAACGCAUCUGAAAGACUCAUCAAAAUCACGAAUUGGGUUCUGGAAAAUGAUGGAGUCGAAGAGCUACAGUACGAGGGAAAACAUAUGGAUUUCUUCACAUACUACAAUCUUGAUAUCAUUAUUGUUGCAGCCAUAAUCCCGACUUUAAUUUUUAUUUUUCUUCGAAUUUCAAACAUCACUGUGGCGGUGAAAAGUACAAAAAGUAAAAAAGAAUGA